UCCUUUAAGUAAAUUAUCUUCAAUUGAAGAACAAGUAAUAAUAAAACCAAUACAAGUCCAAUAAACUGAAAAAUAGUAUAUUCAAAUCAAUUAUUGUUAAAGAUCUUGCAAUGGAUCAACCUCAACCACCACAUAUAGCAAUUCUUGGAGCUGGUAUUUUUGUUAAAACUCAAUACAUUCCAAGAUUAGCUGAAAUUCCUAAUCACUUUGUUCUUAGAGUUAUUUGGAGUCGCAGUGAGGAAUCUGCCAGAAGUGCUGUUGAAAUAGCACAGAAACAUUUCCCAAAUGUGGAAUGUAAGUGGGGAGAUGCGGGGCUUGAGGAUAUCAUUAAGGAUAGUUCCAUUACUGGUGUUGCUGUGGUUCUUGCUGGACAAACCAUGGUGGAUAUGUCACUGAGGCUGCUUAAGGCAGGAAAGCAUGUCCUUCAAGAGAAACCAGCCGCUGCAACUGUGGAUGAGGCAGAAAAAGCACUGGCUCAGUAUAAUUCUCUUAGUGCCACAUUAACUCAUCAACCAAUAUGGGCAGUUGCAGAAAAUUAUCGCUUUGAACCUGCCUUCAUUGAGAGCAAGAAACUAAUUUCUGAAAUUGGAGAGAUGAUGAAUAUCCAAGUAAUUGUUGAAGGAUCAAUGAACAGCUCAAAUCCUUACUUCGCCAGCUCGUGGAGACGCCAGUUUGUCGGUGGUUUCAUUCUAGACAUGGGCGUACAUUUUGUAGCUGGACUAAGGAUGCUUGUCGGAUGUGAGAUUGCAUCAUUGACAUCCAUGAAUUCUCAUGUGGAUAAGACUUUGCCUGCUCCGGAUAACAUCUCGUCGUUGUUUCAACUGGAGAAUGGGUGUUCAGGAGUUUUUGUGAUGGUGGUAUCUUCGAAGUCACCAAAGAUAAUCUGGCGAGUUGUGGGUUUGAACGGAGUGCUGCAAGUUGAGCGCGGUAACGAGGAUGGAAAGCAUGGCUACUCGGUUUUCCUUCAUAUGGCUGAUGGCCAUAGCAAGAGCUUCUUUUAUCCAUUCAGUGGGGUCACUGACGAAUUGAGAACAUUUUUAUCAGAUGUGUCGACUGCCAACCUGAAGAAGGACCCUAGUUCCUACAUCGAUCCUCGUCUCUCAUUUGCCGAAGGUGCCCGUGAUGUUGCUGUUUUGGAUGCGAUGCUGGAAUCAGGGAAGAAACAAGGAGCUCUGGUCCAAGUGAAAAAGUUCUAGUUUAAUGCUGACAUUACUCUCCUUUAAUAUUUCAUCCACAUUAUUCUUCAUCUUCAUACCAUGAAGUGGAUACUUUACUGAAAAUAAAUGAUUUAUAACCCGCGGCUACUAAGAAAACGGAUCGAUUGGAGAUCACUUUCUCUCCCGUGAGCUACGUCUUGGUGUUUGGUCCUCUCGUUGUCUAUACACUCGACGAUUUCUUGGUUAGGACCAUUGUACUAGUUAUGACCCUAUUGCGAAGUUUGGAAACAUGUUACUUGUUGAGAUCCUUUUGUGUCUACCGGGUUAGAAUAAAGAGUAGUUGGGAAUAUUUGUAAACAAAUGUACUAUAUGAGCUGGAAUUAUAGUGUACCUAACCUUGUUUGAAGCUGAAUAAAAGUGAUGGAAAAACAAUUCUGAUCCUA